CUUCAUUCGCUGCCUGCAAGCCAAUCUGCUAUGUGUAUGGCGCCGGGAUGUCAAACCAGAUUGCAAAGAAUUAUGGAUAUUCUGGUGGGGAGAUGAACCCAAUUUAGUUGAUGUGAUACAUCAUGAGUUACACAGAAAAUGAAAUUCCUGACAGAAUGCCUGAAGUUUAUUGAAAAUCCUGAAGACCCAAAUCAAAAUAAGUAAUUAAAAAGAUGGAUUGAGGAGUAUUUUUUAAAAGUGAUUUGUGCUAUCCAUAAGAAUUUUCAAGGGAGCAGCUGGGUGGCUCAGUGGAUUGAGAACCAGGCCUAGAGAUGGGAGGUCCUAGGUUCAAAUCUGACCUCAGACACUUCCUAGCCGUGUGUCCUGGGCAAGUCACUUAACCCCAUUGCCUAGCCCUUACCACUCUUCUGCCUUGGAACCAAUACAUAGUAAUGAAUCCAAGACGGAAGGUGAAGGUUAAAAAAAAAAGAAUUUUCAAUAUAUUUUGAGGGUGAGAUCAGUGACCUUUUUACCUGCAAACCCUGAGUUUGGCAGGCUGGAGAUGUUUCUGCCUUGGAUUUUUAACAUUUCCAGAGAAGGAGCUUUCUUGGGCUGCCGGUUUUAGCGAGUCCUUCCGUCCAUAUCAUAACCUUUCUUUUCUUCUAGGAAAAGUGACUAAUUCUGUGACCUCAGGCCUUAAAGAAAAACAAAUACUGUUGAAAAAAAAUUAUAAUUAAGUGUUUGUAAUAGAUUGUCUCCUAACUUGGGAAUCUGAUCCAUUUGUAAGUAGCUGGUAGCAAUCAGCUACUGGAUUGGAUGUCAAUAAUACCUGGGUUCCAGUUGCUCCUCAUGCACUUCCUAACUCUGUAACCUUGGGAAAGUUAAUCCAGUUUCUUUACCUGCUAAAUGGAGAUAUCAAUCGCACCUCCCUUAUUAGAUCAUUGUGAGCAUCAAAGGAGACUUGAUGUACUUUUAAACCUUCUGGCCCUAUUUAAAAAUCAGCUGUUAUUAUGUAAAGGGUUGGAGUAUCACACCAUUUUUUCCAGGCACUCCUUUAACAAGUCUUUAUUAAAUAUUUCCUAUUUACUAGACACUGCCCAAAGUGACCUAGGAGCUUGCUUUUCUAUAUGGUUACAACAAAGACAAAAAGAUGCUGAAAGAAGGUAGUAGGAGGGGGCAGCUGGGUAGCUCAGUGGAUUGAGAGCCAGGCCUAGAGAGGUCCUGGGUUCAAAUAUGACCUCAGACACCUCCUAGCUGUGUGACCCUGGGCAAGUCACUCAACCGCCACUGCCUAGCCCUUACCAGUCUUCUGCCUUGGAACCAAUACACAGAGUUGAUUCCAAGACAGAAGGUAAGGGUUUAAAAAAAAAAGAAGGAAUGUAGUGGGGGGUUGGAAUGUGUUGAAGAAAUUCAAGGAAGCCCUAAAGCUGGUGGGAAAUGGGUAGAAGACUAUGCUGAUUCUUCUCUUUAAAUGGAGGUCCUGGAGCCCAUGGCUCAGAGGGGCAGAGGAGGGGAUUGAGGAGAUUGAAGACCAUGGUAAGGCUAGAUUCAGUCUUGCAUAAUGAGAGUUCUCAGUGAUGAAUUUCCUGGGCUCAAAGGCAAUAUGAAGGAAUUCAAAGAAGGUCAAAAGCAAUGUGGCUGGUGGGAAAUGUGUAAAGUGCAGAUAAAUAGUCACUAACUUAUAUUUUACUGUACCCAAAUGUACCCAAUGAAUGCAAAGGAAGGAAGGAAACGGGCAUUUAAAAAGUAUCCUGUGCCAGGCAUUGUGCUAAUGGCAUUACAGAUCUCUCACUGUAUGAUGAGGAGCUUUUAUGCCUGGUAAUUAAGGGAAUACUUUAGGAAGCAAGUGGCACCUGAGCUGAGCCUUGAAGGAAGAUUAGGAUUCUGAGAGGAGGUAAUGAGGCUGGGGAGUGAACACCAAACAUGGAUGAUGACUUGUACCUGUGCAUCAAGAUGGGAGAUGGGAUGGUCUGUUUUUAUCCCAGUAUAGCUGGGACUUCUACAUAAUAAAAAUAAUAAAUAAAUAGAAAAAAGCAAUUGAAUCAGUAUAUAGUGGCAUUUCUGUGGAACUAGUUUGAAAUUGUUAAUAAAUGAUUCUUAGUUACUUUGGAUAUUUAGUUACUCUGUGAAUAAUGUAUCUUCUUUUCCAAUUUUAUAUUUAGUGGGUAUUGUGCUAUUCCUUGUGCACAAGUCAUUUAAUCCUCAGAUCUUUUUUUACUCAACUGUUGUUGCUCACCACACUUUAUCCAUAUUAUAUUUGGAACUCAAAUUUUCAAAUGUAAGAUUAUAUAUUAAACCAUAUUAUUUCACAUUAAAUUUGACUCAGUGUGUUAUCCUUUUAAAUAGUUUUAUCCAAGACAUUGAGAAAACUAUAAAAUAGCCUACGAAACACUGAUCUCUGGAGUACUCUCCUCUCUAGAGUCCUCCUCCUUUUAAGUUGAUAUUACAACAGACUCCAGCUCUGAUCUCUCUCUCUCUCUCUCUCUCUCUCUCUCUCUCUCUCUCUCUCUCUCUCUCUCUCUCUCUCUCUCCCUCUCCCUCUCUCUCCCUCUCUCUCCCUCUCUCUCCCCCACCACCCCCCUUUUCCCCUCUCCCCCUCUCACCUUCUGUCUUGGAACCAAGCUAGGAAUUGGCUGAGGCCAGAUUUGAACCUAGGACCUCCCAUCUCUAGGCCUGGCUUUUAAUCCAUAGAGCUACCCAGAUGCCCCCUUAUUUCUCAUUUUGAGAGCUGCCUAACAUACUGAGAGAUUAAGUGACUAGAGGAUCAUCCCACCAAUGAGGAUGUUAUCAAAGGCAAGUCUUGAACAGAUAUUCCUGAUUUCGAGACCAGCUUUUUCCAGUAUAGCACACUACCUUCAACAAACAUACAUGGUAAGUCAAUACAAAGUAAUUGUGGGGAAUGGGGAAGAAGAGAAAGAAGUUCUAGUCACAGGAGGGUUCAGUUCAGUCUUUUUCAGUUGUGACCUUAUUAGGAGUUUCCUAGGCAGAGAUACUGGAAUGGUUUGCCAUUUCCUUCUCCAGCAUAUUUAACUUAAUUUAUUUAUUUUUUAAACCCAUAUCUUACAUCUUAAAAUCAAUACUAUGUAUUGGUUCCAAGGCAGGAGAGUGGUAAGGGUUAGGCAAUGGGGGUCAAGUGACUUGCCCAGGGUCACACAGCUAGGAAGUGUCUGAGGCCAGGUUGAACUCACAAAGAUGAGUCGUCCUGACUCCAGUUUUGUUAUUCUAUCCACCAUGUCCCCAGAUGACCAAAGGGAGAGUUAUCAUCUCAUAAUUCUAUAGUUGGAAGGGAUUUUAGAGACUCUGUAAAUACAACCCCAUACAUUUUGCAGAGGAGGAAACUGAGGUCCAGGAAAAUUAAGUGACUUGCCCAAGGUCAUGCAAGUAGUGUCAGAGGCAGGAUUGUGCCCAGGUUGUCUGACACCAGGACCCAUGCUUCUUUCCCUGGACCACACUGCUUCAAAUAGAAAUAGCACUAGAGCUAAGCUUUGAAGCAAAUUAAGUAUUCUAGAGAGGGAGGGUCCAGAAGUAGUUGUAGUCAAUCACUGCAAAGGGACAGAGAUAGAAGAUGGAGGUUCCUGAGUGAGGAACAGCAAAAAGAUCAGUGUGGCUGCAGUAGGCUCAAAGGGUCGAUCAGAACAGAGCACAGCCCCUGUGUGAAUGGGAAUGAUGUGGUCUGAAAGACUUGAAAGGGCAAAGGAGUUUAUUCUGGAUUUUGGAGAUGAUAGAGAGAUCUAAGUGAUACUGGGGAGCUCCAUGGUCAGACCUGUUUUUUAUUGUCACCUAGCAAGUUCAAGCCAUGUCUUAAAAGGUCUGUAAAUUAAGUUGGUAUUCUUUGAGAUUUAAAAAAAAACUUUUUAAAAAUAAGGAAUAUUUGUAACCCUUCCUGUCCUACCCCUCCACCACAGGAUUAUCUAAACUUUCUUGAUCAUUUAUUUUUUUCGAAGAUGGUAAUGAAACUUUCUGAGUGUAGCCUUGUUGAAUAUGAAUCUCAUAGCUAUGAUGAUGUUUCUUGCCUUUGCAGAUUUUGAAUUCAUCAGAGUUUGGCAGCAAAUUAUGUAUAUGUUAUUUCAGGAAUUUUGCACAUGCACUGCUUUAAACCACUCAUUAUUUUUGUAAGAUGCUGUUGUGUGAAUUUGGCUCAUUCCAUUGACGCUGAACUCAUCAGAUGGCUAUAUUGUCUUCCCUGAAUGUGACUUGAAUUUAUUAAAUGGCAUAGGCAGUAACAUCUGUUUUGUGAAGCUCAUUUUAUUUCCUAAAACUUUAAAUUUUCAAAUUUACAGCUUACAAGUGAAUAAAAAUCCAUUUCUUUUAUCUACAAGAUUUGACAAUUUUGAGGAAAGCUUACUUUUAACCUUAUUCUUGAUGUCAUUUUAGUUUGUCCAUAUUUGUUAAAUAUGAAAGAGAAUAAGUAUUAAAGAGAUGCAGAAAAGUAUGUAUUUUAGAUAUGCCCUUUAGUGACUCAUUUCUAUUUAUAUUCAUGAUCCCAAACAUUUUGCACUUAAUAGGUCUGCUCAUUUAUAUAAUACUUGAUAAAUUUAUUGAUAGGAAAUAUGUUACUAUAUUAAUUUAAUUGUUUUAUGUUAGUUUUUAUCUUAUUCUAUUUUGUGCUCAUUCAUAAAAUGACCUGAUAAGGAAACAAUCCCAUUAUUCUACUUGAUUUGUAUAGUAUUGAAACCUUACUUGAAUUCAAUUAUUGAAAAAAAAUUGAGACUGGAGGUUGUUACAAAAAUGGAUGUGCUUUUUUUUUUUAAACUGGUUUCAUCUAGUGGAAGUUAUUGGCCAUUUCUAAAUGUUGUUUCCAACUUUGGGGAUAGAAUACUUAAAAACAAUGAUUGUUUAGUACCAAUUGUAUUUGUGAUGCUUUGGGAAAGGAAGGUAAAUGUAUUUAUUUCUGAGGAUCACUUAGCAAACAGAUGCUUACCUCACUUUAGAAUGCUGGCUUCACCUGCUUUCCUUUAUGUGUCUGUCCUUGUGUCUUAAAAUGAGAAGCCUUUCCUAAAGAAUGGCAGUGAGAAACCACUGGUGCUUAUUAGCCUAUCUGUAUUCAUUCAUUUAUUGGGAGAUUUGUUUUUGUUAUUUGACUACUUAAGACUUCAAAUAUUAUGUGUAUUUAAAAAAAAACUGAUAUGCUGAAAUCAGUAUUUUUUUCUGAUCUACUUCAUGUUUUGUUUAAGUAAAAUCCAUGUACAUUAUUAGCCCAUUUGGACUCAUUGUUCUUUUAGCCCUGUUAUACUGUUUCCUGGUGUCAGAUUGUAAUGCUACCGAUCAAUGAAAGGGUAAUUUUUCUUGAAAGGGCUUGUUUGACCAUUUUGUAAUAAUAUAAAACCAGGAUUUUUUGGUUAUUUGCUAACAUUCUGUCAUGUUAUUCUGAAUGUGGUCUCAAUUUAACCUUUCUUAUAUGGUGAAAGGAAUACUUAAGUAUUAAGAUAUUUGAGAAUUUUUUAAAGGCUAUAAGAAUGUGGAAAGAUUUGUAUGUUGACACUAAACUUUUCUCAUAUGAGAAGAAAUUGUAGCAUUAGAAAUGUAAGGAAUUAGAGCAAGUUGACCUCUUUCUGGCAAAAUACCAUCAUUCUCUUAUUACCUAAUUUGACAUUUAUAACAAUUCAGAAAUGUGUGGGGUAGGUGGAUUAAUUUUGAAAAUUUUUGGUCUCAGAGUUGUCUAAAGUUCACAAAGGUUUUGAUUCUCCUUUGUCACAUAAAUCAUGAGGGCCCAAAGUCCAUCUAGAGUUUACUGAUUUAUUCCAGGUCCAGAUUGUGAUCUGCUUUGCUAUUCUGCUUCUCAGUAUUUGAUCGAGUAGCUGCAUUGCCCAAGAUCACUGACACAGUAAAAGACCAGUGAUCAAUGUUUUUUGUCCAUUAUCAAUGAGAAAAGUGGAAUGUGCAAGAUAACAUCUUAGCUGGUUUACGGCUUUUGUUCUUCAAUCAAAAAGCAUUUAAUAAGUGCCUAUUGUGUUUGAGGCACUGUAAUUAGUGGUCUCCUGGCACUUACCUAGAAAUAAAACCACUUAUUUUUGUAUUAAAGAAGUUAAUUCAUGUAGGCUCACUAAUCCUAGAAUCAGAUUUUGCAAAAACAUUUAUUUGCAAUCUAAUAGAAAGAAUACUGGAUUAGUGAUCAAGGGACCUGAAUUCCAGCUGUCUCUUCUAUGCUACAUUACUCUUCUAAAAGUUUUCUUAACCUCUUUUCUCAUAUAUGAAAUGGGGUUGUUAUCCACAGGUAUUUAUUUAGUAACUACUGUGUAUCAGGCACUUUGCUAAAUAUAGGGAGACAAAGGCACAAUAUACAAACAACUAUGUACAUACAAUAUGAUAAAUUUUGAGAUAGUCUCAGAGGGAGCAAACUAGCUUUAAGAGGGAUUUUUGGUGCAGGUAGAAUUUUAUCUGAAACCUGAAGAGAUCCAGGGAAACCUGGAGACAGGAUUCUGUAAGGAGGGACAACAUUCCAGGCCUGAGGGACAGCCAGAGAAAGUGCUCAGUCAGGAGUUGGGAUGUCUUGUGAGAAAGACCAUCUGGGAGACUGUCAUCAAUGGAUUCAAGAGUAUGUGGAGGGCAGUCAGGUGUUACAACAUUGGAAAGACAGGAAGAGUAGUGGAGGAAGGACUAUGGGAGAAUGGCCUUUCCUAUGAAUGUAGGACCCUGCUCUUCAAAGCAAUCCACAACUUAUUAGAAAGGUGCCUGAUGGAUAAAAACUUUGUCAGGAUUGGUAAAUGGUUCGUUCGACCCUAUGAAAAGGAUGAGAAGCCAGUCAACAAAAGUGAACAUUUGUCCUGUGCCUUCACAUUUUUUCUUCAUGGGGAAAGUAACGUGUGCACAAGUGUGGAGAUUGCCCAGCACCAGCCGAUUUAUCUGAUUAAUGAAGAGCAUAUUCAUAUGGCACAGUCAUCCCCUGCACCAUUCCAGGUGCUGGUAAGCCCGUAUGGCUUAAAUGGGACGUUGACAGGCCAGGCAUAUAAGAUGUCAGACCCAGCCACCCGCAAGCUAAUUGAGGAAUGGCAGUAUUUCUACCCAAUGGUGCUGAAGAAGAAAGAGGAGCGGAAGGAGGAAGAGGAGUUAGGAUACGAUGAUGAUUUCCCCGUGGCAGUUGAAGUAAUUGUUGGCGGUGUUCGUAUGGUGUAUCCAUCAGCCUUUGUUUUGAUCUCUCAAAAUGACAUCCCAGUGUCUCAGAAUGUUGUUGGGACUGGAGGUCACAUUGUUGUUGGCCAGCAUGGAGUUGGAAGCAUGAAAGACCCCAGUCAUUGUGGGAUGCCACUCACCCCACCCACUUCUCCAGAACAAGCUAUCAUAGGUGAAGGUGGAGGUCCUCUGAGCACCGUCGGUCACUUAGCUGCCCAGGAGGGGAUGGCUACUAUGCACAGUCCAAAGAGAUCAGGGGAGAUUUCCCCCAAACUCCACAGUCACAUGGUCCACAGAGUCUGGAAGGAAUGCAUCCUCAACCGAACACAGCCCAAGAGGAGUCAGGUAUCUGCUCCACACCUGGAGGAAGAAGCCACUAGUGAGCCUCCUCCUCCUCCUUCUUGGGGUUUCGUGGAUCCUGCCCAAAGAGCCAGCUGUUCCUGUUCCAGGCAUAAGCUUUUCAAACAGCGCUGUGCAGUUGGGCCCAGCCGGCCUCCUUCAAUAUCACAGCCUGGGUUUACUAUUGGCCCAUCAUCUUCUUCAUCUUUGCCACCUCCAGCCUCUUCUAAGCACAAAACAACAGAAAGACCAGAAAAAGGAGACAAACUCCAAAAGAGGCCUGUAAUGCCAUUCCACCAUAGGCCCUCUGUAGGCGAAGAAUUAUGCAUGGAGCAGGAUGCACCAGGACAGAAGCUGGGCUUGGCUGGGGUUGACUCCUCCUUAGAGGUCCCAAGUAGUAGGAAGUAUGAUAAGCAGAUGGCUGUGCCUUCCAGAAACACAAACAAACAAAUGCAUCUGAAUCCUAUGGAUUCACCCCAUUCCCCCAUUUCCCCUCUGCCUCCAACCCUCAGCCCACAGCCAAGAGGCCAGGAAGCCGAGAGUUUGGACCCACCAUCCAUUCCUGUGAAUCCAGCACUCUAUAGUAAUGGACUAGAACUCCAGCCAUUAUCAAACCUGGAUGACAGGACUGUUCUUGUGGGCCAGAGACUGCCUCUCAUGGCAGAGGUCAGUGAGACAGCCUUGUACUGUGGGAUUGUGCCCCCAAAUUAUGAAUCAUCUGAUAAAUGGCACAGUUACCAUCUGCCACCAAGUGAUGAUCCAGAGUUCAGGCCUCCAGAGCUCCAGAGUGAGCAAUAUGAUGUCAAGAUAGAGAUAAAUACAGAUAGCUCUGCACUGAAAAGACUCUUAGCACAACCUAACAAACGGUUUAAAAUCUGGGAAGACAAGCAGCCCCAGGGGCAAGCAGGUUACCUAGACCGGUCACCUCGAAUGCAGCAGCCUUCAGAGAGCCUGGGAGAUGCCAGUGACCCCUAUACCUUUGAGGAUGGCGACAUCAAGUACAGUUUUACUGUCAAUAAGAAAUGCAAACUUGGAACUGAUAAAGACCUGCUCAAAAAGAAUAAGUCUGAAGAUGGAUUUGGUACAAAAGAAAUCCCUCCACCAGGUCAUUCCACACCAGUUCCUGAUGGGAAAGAUGCCAUGUCUAUUUUCAGUUCUGCUCCAAAAACAGAUGUCCGUCAGGAAAGUGCUGCCGGCAGAGCUGGCCCCAGCAGCCUUACACAGGUGACUGAUCUGGCCCCUUCCCUCCAUGAUUUGGAUAACAUCUUUGAUAAUUCUGAUGAGGAUGAACUUGGGGCUGCAUCACCAGCACUACGGUCAUCAAAAAUCCCAACAGUAGGAACUGAAGACCGACCUCUGGGUAAAGAUGGGAGAAUGGCAGUUCCUUAUCCUCCAACAGUGGCAGAUCUACAAAGGAUGUUUCCUACUCCUCCAUCUUUGGAACAACAUCCUGCCUUCUCUCCUGUGAUGAAUUAUAAAGAUGGCAUCAGUUCUGAGACUGUGACAGCAUUGGGCAUGAUGGAGAGUCCAAUGGUCAGCAUGGCUUCAACCCAACUCACAGAGUUCAAAAUGGAAGUGGAAGAUGGGUUAGGAAGUCCAAAACCUGAAGAAAUCAAGGACUUUUCAUACGUUCAUCAAGUUCCCACCUUGCAGCCUUUUGUGGGUUCCUCCCUGUUUGCUCCACUGAAGAUGUUGCCCAGCCAGUGCCUGCUGCCUCUGAAGGUGCCGGAUGCCUGCCUCUUCAGGCCCUCCUGGGCAGCUCCUCCUAAAAUCGAGCAGCUCCCUCUGCCGCCUGCAGCUGCCUUUGUCCGAGAUGGCUACAAUAACGUGCCUAGUGUUGGGAGCCUUGCAGACCAGGAUUAUUUGAAUACACCAGUGACACUCAACAGCGCAGCACCAGCCAGCAAUAGCGGGGCAGGCGUGCUGCCUUCCCCAGCAACUCCUCGCUUUUCUGUCCCAACCCCUCGGACACCCCGGACCCCACGGACCCCCAGAGGUGGCGGCACAGCCAGUGGCCAAGGGUCUGUUAAAUAUGACGGCACUGAGCAGGGGUCACCAGCUUCCACCCCAUCCACCACAAGGCCACUCAGCUCCGUGGAGCCUGCCACCACCCAGCCUGUCCCUGAGGCCCAUAGUCUGUAUGUGACCUUGAUUCUCUCUGAUUCUGUGCUGAAUGUCUUCAAAGACCGGAACUUUGACAGCUGUUGCAUAUGUGCCUGCAACAUGAAUAUCAAAGGAGCAGAUGUUGGACUCUACAUCCCUGAUUCUUCCAACGAGGACCAGUACCGCUGUACCUGCGGCUUCAGCGCCAUCAUGAACCGCAAGCUGGGCUAUCAUUCGGGGCUCUUCAUUGAGGAUGAAGUGGAUAUUUUCGGGAAAAACUCAGAUCUUGGCCAGGCAGCUGAGCGGCGGUUAAUGAUGUGUCAGACUGCCUUUCUCCCACAGAUGGAGGGGAGCAGGAAAGCCCAGGAGCCCCCUGUCAGUCUCCUUCUCCUUCUCCAGAACCAACACACACAGCCAUUUGCAGCUCUAAGUUGCCUGGGUUGCAUCUCCCCCAGUCACCAUCAUACCCUUCCUGGUACACACUGGAGUUAUGACAGAGUACAAGCAGAUCACAAUGACUCUUGGACAGAGUGUGUUAAUGCGCUGGAGCAGGGGCGACAGUAUGUAGACAACCCCACUGGUGGGCGAGUGGACGAAGCCCUUGUCCGAAGUGCCACUGUCCACUCUUGGCCUCAUAGCAAUGUGCUGGACAUCAGUAUGCUCUCCUCCCAGGAUGUGGUGCGGAUGCUGCUCUCCCUGCAGCCCUUUCUUCAGGAUGCCAUUCAGAAGAAGCGAACAGGCAGGACCUGGGAGAAUAUCCAGCAUGUGCAGGGACCCCUGACCUGGCAGCAGUUCCACAAGAUGGCUGGACGUGGCACCUAUGGCUCAGAAGAGUCCCCAGAGCCCUUACCCAUCCCCACUCUGCUGGUGGGCUACGACAAGGACUUCCUGACAAUUUCACCAUUCUCCUUGCCAUUUUGGGAAAGGCUCUUGUUAGACCCCUAUGGGGGCCACCGAGAUGUUGCUUAUAUUGUGGUGUGUCCAGAAAAUGAGGCCUUGCUCGAAGGAGCCAAAACUUUCUUCAGGGACUUGAGUGCUGUGUAUGAGAUGUGCAGGCUGGGGCAGCACAAGCCCAUCUGCAGAGGGCUACGCGACGGGAUCAUGCGUGUGGGGAAGACAGUGACAGCCAAGCUGGCAGACGAGCUUGUGAGCGAGUGGUUCAGCCAGCCCUGGAGCAGUGAGGACAGUGACAAUCAUUCCAGACUGAGACUUUAUGCCCAGGUCUGCCGCCACCACCUCGCACCUUAUUUAGCUACUUUGCAGCUGGACAGCAGCCUGCUGGUUCCACCUAAGUAUCCAAGCUCACCCCCAGCAGCAGGAGCAGCAGGAGCAGCAGCAGCACAGACCCCAGCUGCCCCUGGGAGUGCGGGGCCUGUGGCUUCAAAUUCAGGCUGCUCUUCUGGACCUGGAGCUCCGCCAGCUGGCACCUCCACCAGCAGCUCAGGUGGUACUUCUGUGACUGCCAGCUCCUCCGGGGCUGGUGCGACCCCAGGAAGCACAGCCUCUUCUUCAGGCCUCAGCAGUGGCCCAGGACAGACCCCCAGCACUGGGACAAGCACAGCAGACAGGGCACAGAGCAGCCUGGGCUCUGGAGGGGAGGCAGAACCUGGACAGAACUCCUCUCAACAGCCCCCCCCUGAAGGCCCAGACAGUGUCACAGAAAGGGAAAGGAUAGGGAUUCCCACGGAACCAGAAUCAGCCGACAGCCAGACCUACCCACCGGCCGUGGUCAUCUACAUGGUGGAUCCCUUUACCUACACUGCAGAGGAUGAGUCCACAUCGGCAAACUUCUGGCUGCUCAGUCUGAUGCGCUGUUACACAGAGAUGCUGGAUAACUUACCUGAGAAUAUGAGAAACUCUUUCAUUCUCCAAAUUGUGCCUUGCCAGUACAUGCUGCAGACAAUGAAGGAUGAACAAGUUUUCUACAUUCAGCACUUGAAGUCCAUGGCAUUUUCAGUGUACUGCCAGUGCAGACGGCCUCUACCCACCCAGAUCCACAUUAAAUCUCUCACAGGCUUUGGACCAGCAGCCAGCAUUGAGAUGACCCUGAAGAACCCUGAGCGGCCCAGUCCAAUCCAGCUUUACUCCCCUCCUUUUAUAUUGGCACCAAUCAAAGACAAACAGACAGAGCUGGGAGAGACAUUUGGAGAAGCCAGCCAGAAGUAUAACGUGCUCUUCGUUGGCUAUUGUUUGUCCCAUGAUCAGCGCUGGCUCUUAGCCUCUUGCACUGACCUCCAUGGAGAAUUAUUGGAAACUUGCAUUGUAAAUAUUGAUUUACCAAACAGAUCCCGGAGGAGUAAAGUGUCUCCACGAAAAAUUGGGCUCCAAAAGUUAUGGGAAUGGUGCAUUGGGAUCGUUCAGAUGACAUCACUGCCUUGGAGAGUUGUGAUUGGGCGCCUUGGGAGACUUGGCCAUGGGGAGUUAAAAGACUGGAGCAUCCUUCUGGGUGAAUGUUCACUGCAGACAAUCAGCAAACAGCUGAAGGAGGCAUGCCGCAUGUGUGGACUCUCAGCCGCAGAUUCACCUUCCAUCCUCAGUGCCUGCCUGGUGGCCAUGGAGCCCCAGGGGGCCUUCGUUGUGAUGCCAGAUGCUGUCACCAUGGGCUCUGUUUUUGGCCGCAGUACUGCACUGAACCUCCAGUCAUCUCAGCUCAACACACCUCAAGAUGCUUCUUGUACCCACAUCCUGGUGUUUCCAACAUCUUCAACUAUCCAAGUGGCUCCGGCCAACUACCCAAAUGAAGAUGGCUUCAGCCCCAACAAUGAUGAUAUGUUCGAUCUUCCAUUCCCAGAUGAUAUGGACAAUGACAUUAGGAUUUUAAUCACGGGGAACCUCCAUUCCUCUCCAAACUCCUCACCAGUUCCUUCCCCAGGCUCUCCUUCUGGAAUUGGAGUGGGCUCUCAUUUCCAGCACAGUCGGAGCCAGGGUGAGCGCCUUCUUUCUAGAGAAGCCCCCGAGGAACUGAAGCAGCAGCCCCUUGCGCUGGGCUAUUUUGUGUCAACGGCCAAAGCUGAGAAUCUUCCUCAGUGGUUCUGGUCCUCAUGUCCACAAGCCCAAAACCAGUGCCCUCUCUUCCUCAAGGCCUCCCUGCACCACCACAUCUCAGUAGCUCAGAUGGACGAACUUCUCCCCCCCAGGACCUCUCAGCGCGUGCCACACCCUCUCGACUCCAAAACCACAUCCGAUGUCCUAAGGUUUGUUCUGGAACAAUACAACGCGCUGUCCUGGCUCACGUGUAAUCCUGCCACCCAGGAUCGCACUUCCUGCCUUCCCGUCCACUUUGUGGUGCUCACUCAAUUGUACAACGCCAUCAUGAAUAUCCUUUAAUUUGAAAAGCACUUGUUCCUUUCUGGCUCAGACCUCCCUCUUUCCUCAAAGCCUCAAUCCAAGAAAUGAACUACAAUCUGCAAAAGGCCCAUAAUCCUUUCUCCAGACCAACCUCCAUGAUCCUGUGUUGGGCUUCACUUUCCCAAGAGGCACUUGUCAGUUCUGCCGUGUUCAUCUCGGUCUGAGUGACACGACGCACUGAUGCUUCUCUCAAGGACCUGGGAACUCCCGGGCACAGUGACAUUCAGUCAGUGUUAAUGUUGUGUAGGGCUUAGUCCUACUGGUCAACAGAAAGUUUGUGUUUUGUGGGGGUCUUUUUUUUUUUAAGGAGGAAAACAUGGAGAAUGUGGUGUCCUUUUCCAUAGAGGACUGACCCUGUUUUAAGUCUCUGUUUAAAAAUUAGGGCAAGUUUGAUCUUCAGGGCUAAGUCCUCUGGGAAUUGGUAGAGGUAGCCUGUAAGUGUUUGAACUCCAUAAGGUGGGGCUUUAGAAAAUAAGGACCAGCUCAAGUACGUUAUUAAAAAAACCAUAAAAAACAAACAAAAAAUGUUUCUGCCGCCUUAAUAAUUGGAAUGAGUGCUUUGGUUGAUUUCCCAGUCUGUGUAGAUGGGAAUGGUCUGGCACGUGUUAACUUUGUCUAUUUAUUUUAAAUCAUAUUGUUGUUGUCUUUGUUUUUGUUUUUAAAUGAGUGAGGACCAGGUACUCUAGAUGAAACCCAAACAAGAGCCCCCCCCCCCAUAGGGAUUAUUUGUCUACACACCUGUCUGUCCUCUGACCUCAAAACCAGAAGAGGGGUAAAAACAAAUCAGGGAGAUGACGUUUGAAAAGAAACGCAUUCAGAACCAUGCAGCACAUUUGGCCAAGAAGCAAACUGGGCUUGAACGAUGUCCACCCUACUUCCUAUUAAAAUGGCCAGGGUUGACUAAAAGGUAACAAACAGGCAGACUCCAAUUCAGGGCUGUGGUGGCAAGCGUCCAGGUCCAGCCAUUUUCUGGAGCUGGGGCUGAAGUUUUCUUUCCAAGGGGUGAUGAUGCUCUGAAAACGAUGUUGAAAAAGAGUGAAAACCCGCUGUGUCCAUAUCCCAAGGAAUGCUGACUCAAAAUCAUGUCUGAGUACAGUGGAUUCUUUCUGGACCAUAGGAAUAUUAUUUCAAAGAAAUAAGAAAACUUGUCAUUAAAUUAGUACUUGAAGUUGAACCACUGUGGUGGGACUUUGUUGAGUAAAAUGAUUGCCUUUUUGAAAUGUUAGUGGCUGUAAUUGAAGCAUUGUAGGACUCUUCAUUCCUGGCUCUCCUGAGCUGUAGGGGGUUGUAUUGUGGCUGCUGGGGGGCAUUUGUCACUGAUGGGCAGGGGCAUGGAAUGCCAGGGCACUUGCAUCAGGUAGUGAGAUCUAGGAGUCUGUGGAGAGAAUCAUGCAAAUUUUAAAAGUUCUUCCAAAAUACUUUCAUGUUCUGGUUAACAAAAAAAUGUGUAAGAAUUACUAUGAUUUUUUAAAAGUAUUUUUCUUGAAAUAAUCUAAUGUUUAAAAACAAAUUAUAUUAAAGAAAAAAGUCUUGUGUGGUGGGAAUGUGAAAGCAGAGAAGGAACCAUGUAAAUGGGUAAUUUUGUUCUCUGAACCACCAGUGGGGCAAUGGGGGGGAGGGCGGGGCAUCUCCGCAAUGUAUAGGAUAAAAAUAUCUGAUAUAUCAAACCAUUUGUAUCUAAUGUGUACAGUGUAAAAUUGACUUAAAAAAUAUUGCAGUGCUAUUUUUUCUUAAUCAGAAAGGAAAAUUCUCAAGGCCUUUUGAAGCGCAUAAAAAUAUGAAGAUUGUAAACUUGUAUAAAAAUUUAACUUGGUGAGAAGACAAAUUGUAAAGUAGACAUUUGUAAUCUUUUACCACUUUGGGGUUGUUUUUUUCCCAGAAUUCAUCUGAAUUUUUUUUUAAUGGGCUGUUUUUAUGCAGGGGCUUUUUUUCCCUAGAAACCCAGUUCUAAGCAAAAAGGAAAAAAAACCCACAAAAAAAUUAUUAAAAAAGGCAGCAAAGGGUAGUUUUCAUCUGGUGUCGUUUUUAUUUAAGUUUUUUAAGUUAAGAAAAGCUGGUGACAUAUUUAUACGUUUUUGUGCAAAAUAAAUGAAUGGCAAUAGAUUUUAAAAAAUCUUAUUAUGUACUUCUGUGUGAAAGUCUGUAAAAUAUUUCCCUUAAAUAUGCAUUAUUUUACUUGUGAGUUUUUUACUGAAUUAAUCUGAAAUGUACAAGCCCUGGAUUUGCUACAGAGUGAAGAAGUUAUUUUAUUUUAUUUUAUUUUUUAAUUUCUAAUUUUGGAGAUCAUGCAGAAAUCAGAACUCUUACUGUGGUUUGAGCUGAGGGGCGAGGGGGGGGAGGGGAUUGUCCCGCAUGCGUGUAUGUAUAUUUCAGAACCUUUUUUAAAUGUAAAAGCUGUACAUUUCUGGGAAGUUCUGAAUUUUUGUCUUUUUUUUUUCCUUCAAGCAUUUUGCAGUGAGCUUCUUUUAUAUAUAGCAGACAAUUUGAAAGAAUACAAAAAUAUGUGAAGUUCAUUUAAAAAACUACAGUAUAUCGCUGGUACAAUACACUAAAAAGACUUUGAUAAAAAGAAACAAUAAUAAAAGGCCUCCAUUUUAAAUGUCAUUCAUAUAUACCUUGUGGAUGAGAGCUAUAUACUUUUACACACUUUUUUAGAUGAAUAAAUUAUUGAAUUACUGAAA